AUGCCAAAAAGUGCCGAACAACAAAUUGAAGAACAAAGUCAAAUUCAAGAAAUUAUUCAAAAUAUUCUUAUUGACCAAGAACAAAUUAAUCAACUCAGAACAAAACAAAAGCAAGCUACUCUUGCUGAAUCGAGCAUAGAUAAAUUAAAGGAUGAUGAAAAAGUGUGGUCUUGCGGAAUUGGAGGAUUUUUCAUUCAAGUUGACGCAAAGGAAAUGAGAGAAAUGAUUAGAGAGGAGAAGAAAGUUUGCAAAUCGGAACAAAGUCAAAUUUCAAAUCAAAUUGAAGAAAGUCAAAAAUUAUUGACGAGUAUUGAUCCUACUGAUGUUUAUAAAUUGCAACAAUUAUACUUGAAAUAA